GAGGGUCCAGUUCGGGAUUCAUUUCAUUCAUAUUGAUUAGAUCUAAUUCACAAGGUAAAUAGCGGCUAUACGUUGCACAUCUUUUGUUGUGGUUUUGUGGGGACGGCGUUCGCACGAUAUUAUAAAUUUAGUCGGAGACAAGACAGUCGAAAACAACGACGCUGGUGUAACGUGCCGCCACCGAACACAAGACAAACUUUGUUUUAAAUGGUGCGAAAUAUAACAACAAACUAGUGUAGCAACUAUGGGAAUUAUAACGAGCACAUUCAGUUAUUACAUGAGCAGGACAGAUGAUCCGGAUCCAAUUACCACACUGACAUCAAGAGAUAAAUAUGUGGUACAGACUUCGUGGGCACCAGUCAAAAAGGAUCUCACCGGGAAUGGAGUGGCCCUCCUUUUACUGUUUUUCGACAAGUUCCCGGAGGAGAAGCUGCAUUUCCCGUUUAAGGAUGUCCCGAAGGAGGAGCUCAAAGGCAGCAAGAAAUUCCAGGCUCAUUGUAAUAGCGUGAUGACGAAUGUGGAUGCGCUAAUUGCUAACUUAAACGACGGGGAGCUUCUAGUCAAUCUGUUGGAGAAACUGGGGAAGAGUCAUAAGAGACAUCAAUUGAAACCUCCUUCCUUCGCGCAUCUCAAAACGACAAUUUUGGAGCUGUUUUCUUCAUUUAUGAAUUCAGAGGCUAUUCAAACGUGGGACAAGCUAUUGGGAGUCGCGUUUAGUGUUAUUGACCAACAUUUGUAACUCUGUGUUUUGUUGUGUUUUCUACAAUGUUUUUUAACUAUUUAAUAUUGACGUUUACAUUAUAUUAAUAAUACUAUAAUAAUAUUAUGGUGAGAUUUA